UUGUUGUGGAAGACAAACACACAUUGAUGCAUCAAUGGACUACUGUUUGGGCCUCUGAAUAAGAUGUAUAAAAUAACUAAAUAAAAAUAAUCAUCUUUUUUGAGCAGCAUACAUUAAAAAUGUAACAAAACUCCAUCCUUUAAUUUGAAGACAUGUAUUCUGUUGGUUCCCAUAACAAAUAGAUCAGAAUAUCUAGGUAUUUUUAAAUAGUAUUUUGUGACUUUCUGCUUUGCUCAAGUUUAAAUUUUAUUUUUAUCUUCAUAGUUUUGCUUGAUUAAGAUGUUACAUAUUCAGCUGAUCUGCUUGAUCAGUCUGCAACUUGCAGAAUCUUGAUAAAUUAACCAAUUAAAUAUCGCUCUGUUUUCUUAGUUUUUGCUUCAUUCUUCUUUAAGUUCCAUAAAAAUGCAUAUAAAAAAGCACACAUUGGUAAAUUUGUUCUAGAAUCGCCACUGGAGAUGACAGCACUGGGACUUACAGGGUUAAGUGUGAACUACAAAUUGUACCAAUAGUGAGAAUUUUGACCUGUGAUAGUUUAGCAGAAAAAACAUUCAGAAUGAAUCUGUGUGGACUGCCUUGUCCUUUUGCUUGUGCAGCACAACCUUGUUUUUAAAGGAUUAUAUAAGGAAUAAUUGUAUGACAUUAUUACUACUAUGUAAUAGAAGUGUAAAUAAUGAUUUCCAAACUAUGCAUGCAUUGUUGGUAUCAUUUUGGUUCUAAACAAAAUUUAGCACCGCUCAAUGCGAGCUGCUCAUCUGCUGCUGAGGCAGGAGCAGCUAUUAGCUCGUUUAAAUACCAAGAUAAAGCUCAGAGGGCUUAGAGAGCAAACAACCUGCUUUUUAUUGUGGUAUCAGGAGGAGCGACAAGCGGCAGCACCAUGACGAUCGUCCACUACUGUCUAUUAUUGCUGCUUUCUAUGUUCCUGCUACCAACUUACAGUGAGGCUUUGAAGUGCUACACCUGCAUGGGCUCUGAUAAUGAUGACUGCAACCGACAAGGCUCCAAAUCCUGUCCCAGCUACUCUGACGCCUGUGCGGUGGUGGUGGGCCAUGACAGCGGCGUGAUGAAGUCGUGUUCCUACAAGUCUUUCUGCAGUCAGGCCAGCAGCCAGGGAUACAGAGUGCCAGGGGUCAGAGUUCACUGCUGCUACAGUGACGACUGCAACAUUAAAAGCUUCGCCUCUCCGCUGCCAGGAUUCAACUUUUGGCUACUAUCUCUUCUGCUACUUUUGCACUGACUUUUUUUCACAGGACACACAGACAACCUGAUCAUGCCAACUAGAAUCCAUUCAGCAUUCACAUGCCAACAAAAUGCCAAAAAGACUGCUGGUUUUCACACUUGCUGUCAUCCUACUGACCACUACUCCACUUAACUUUUGUUAAUGUUCUUAUUGGAAUGCAAGGCAUUAAGAAAAUGCUGCAUUCUGACCAGUGAAGUAAUGCUUAUGAACCAUAUAAAUAAGUCAGUCAACUAGCUGCAUCUUUGAUGGCAGAUUAGCUUGGACCAGUUUGCUAAUCACUUAUCAUGGUAUUUGCACAUUUUCUUUCAAAACUUGUAAGAAAAUGGAUCAAAUUGUUUUUAGUUAAAGUGAAAAGCAACAACUAUAUUGAUUUUAGUUAUAUUAAUGUACAUAAAAAAAAUCUAUUUACUGUUUUUUUAUGAUUUCAAAGCAUUGACUAUAUAGUUCAGGGUUGGACCCAACACAACUUCACAAAUUUCCCAGGAAAAAUACAAUAUAUCAGCUUCAAAUUUUAGCUCCUGUCAACAUCAGUUGGUACAAAGCUAUAUUUUUAUUACUCUAAAAUGUCCUUCAUACACAAGGGACACAUUCCAGAGAUGUCUGCAUCCAACUCAGAAAGGACCCUGUUUUAAGCUUUUUACAUAGUCCAAUCAAAUAAGCAAAAUAACAAAGCUCACAUCCAUGCUUGCUUGAAGUGAGAAAAAGCCCCUCACAGACUGUUCACUAGCAUAAUCCUUUUACGCGCCUGUGGCCAGAUGUGUCACUCUGAGAUAAAUUUGCUGUAUUUUGAAGUUACUUGGGGAUUGACUGAUAUUAUGAACAGAAUCUGGACACACCUCACAGACAAAGAGGUGGCAGCAUUUCUGACUGAAGGAAUUCAUGCUUUGAUGUGCAUUAAAGUAUGUCACUUUUUGUGUGUCUUCAUGUAUAUUUAGAGCUGUUAAUCUGAAAUAAUGAAAACGUGAAUGUAAUAUGAAUAGUGUUCAUUCUUGUCAAUAUGUGCAUUUAUUGCUGUGGAUUUUUUAAAUACACUAGUGAGUUAUUGUGUGAAGAUAUAAAGACCCCCAUGUCCUCAGGUCAGUAUUGAAGGUUUACUCGUCAGAUCCUUAUGUCUAUUUAACUUUAGACAUUUAAUGAUUAAGUUUAUUCAUUUUUCAUAGUGGUCAUAACACAACAAACAAUUUCAAUGGUUUUUUUUAAAACAUAAAUUUAGAAUGUGAAUUUUAAACCUAUUGUGGAUUUGUUUUAUACCAGAAACAGGCUUCAAUACAAAUACACUACACUUAAUAUUUGGUUGAAAGUCCCUGAGAAAAUUGGAGAAACAAAAACAAAAACAAGAUUUGUAGCCAUGAACAAGAUUCUGACAACAUUUUGGUUGAAUAUUUGAGGACUCAAGUUUAUUUUAGAGCUUGUUUAGUCUUUGUUUUUGUGGUCUGGGUGCUUUUUUGAAACUUUAAGAAAGGUAUUAAGUCAGCUUUCUUCCAGGAUCCUAUUGCAAAACCAGCUGAGUUUGCCCCAAUACCAGUUUUGAUGCAAGUUUGAAUUUCAACUGCAUAGAACUGAGAGGUGAUAUGGAUUAAAAAAAUUUAUCACAAUAACUUGUGGUAUUUCCUGUGAUAACAAUAAAACCGAAGUGAAAUUACUACAUUCAACAGUUUUCACAAUAACACUACAACAAAUAACUACCCUUUCUGUUUAAUUGUUGAUUUUGGGUAGAACAAUCUGGAAGCAAUCUUCCAUCUUCAUUAAUCCAAUAACUUUGUGCCAUUGCACAACACAACUUGCACAACAAAUUAUGUAACACAAAGUUGCAUUAUUAUCCGGGAGCCAACAACAUCUUGACACUUUUGGUGCACUGUUCUUAGGUUUGGAUGGAUGGAUGGAUGGACGGACGGAUGGACGGACGGACACACACAUCAUCUUUAUGGAAUGGGACAGAUAAUUAAGUCUGACAAUAAAAAUAUUUUCCCAUA